UCCAAUUUCCAAACCUGAUGUGAUCUCACAGCUGGAACGAGGGGAAGAGCGGUGGGUCGCAGACCUCCAGGGCUCUGAGAAAGAAGUGCUCCCGAGAGCUGCCUGCACAGGGAGUGACCUAUAUCUGGAUUCUCUGUCUCCCAUCAGGUGAUGGGAUGGUGAGUGAGAACGAGGAGGAGAAACCCCAGCAGGAAGAUGCUGAGCAAGUAGAACCACAUGGAAUGUUACCAGGAAGAUCCAAAGGGAAUGUUUCCGGGAAUUGUGCACUCCCAGAAAAAGCAAAAGCCUGUGAGACUCAGCACAGGCCAGAGGAAAACUUCAGUAGCCACUCGGACCUUUUAACACGUGACCAAAUCAACUUGGAAGAGACGCGCUACACAUGCCAUGAGUGUGGGAAAAGCUUCAAUGGGAUCUCUGACCUUCUCACACAUCAGAAAAUCCACAGUGGAGAGAGACCUUUCAUGUGCUCUGAGUGCGGGAAAAGCUUCAAUCGGAGUUCUUCCCUUAUCACACAUUGGAGAGUCCACACGGGUGAGAAACCUUAUGGAUGCUCUGAGUGUGGGAAAUGCUUCAAUUGGAGCUCACAUGUUAUCCGACAUAGGAGAAUCCACACAGGUGAGAAACCUUAUGGAUGCUCUGAGUGCGGGAAACGCUUCAAUCGGAGCUCACACCUCAUCAGACAUAGGAGAAUCCACACAGGAGAGACGCUCUACGCAUGCUCUGAGUGUGGGAAAAGCUUCAAUCAGAGCUCUGCCCUUAUCACACAUCAGAGAAUCCACACAGGCGAGACGCCCUACACAUGCUCUGAGUGCGGGAAAAGCUUCAAUCAAAGCUCAAACCUUAUCAGACAUCAGCGAAUCCACACAGGAGAGACGCCCUACAUGUGCUCUGAGUGUGGGAAAAGCUUCAAUGAUAGCUCAGCCCUGAUCACACAUCGUAGAAUCCACACAGGAGAGAAACCUUAUGGGUGCCCUGAGUGUGGGAAACGCUUCAAUCUGAGCUCAACCCUUAUUAGACAUCAGAGAAUCCACACAGGAGAGACGCCCUACACGUGCUCUGAGUGCGGGAAAAGCUUUAGUCAGCACUCACACCUUAUCAUACAUCGUAGAAUCCACACAGGAGAGAAACCCUACACGUGUUCUGAGUGCGGGAAACACUUCAGUGAUAGCUCAGCCCUUACCACGCAUCAGAGAAUCCACACCGGUGAGAAACCUUAUGGAUGCUCUGAGUGUGGGAAAAACUUCAAUCAAAGCUCAACCCUUAUUAAACAUCAGAAAAUCCACAUGAGAGAGAACUGUAAUAAAUGCCUAGAUUAGGGCUGGCCAAAGAUUUGAUUUUUAAAAAACAUCACUUUUGCUAAUUCCCAUAUGGUGAAAAUAUCACUAUCUUCACGUGGUCUCUCAGCUCCCCCAGAUGAGUUGCCUGCUUCUGCCUUUUGCAGCUCCCCGUUCUUUGGGGUCAGUCCUGUGAUCUUUUCUAUCCACUCCUUUCCUUUUGAGUUGUAGGAGUGUGUGUCCCUCCAGCCAGGAAUGUUGAUCAGCUCCAGGUGGGGGGGAGAGGUUUGAUCCCAAAAAGCUACACUGAGGCAAAAACUAUCUGUGCCUUACAUCCACUAGGACUGUACAUGGUGUUGGCUGCUCAAGUUAGUGAUCUUGGUGUAAAAAGACAAUUCUAGUUGUAGAGCAGAUGCAUCCCAGGUGCAGUGGUUGGCAUUAGCUUUCCCCUUGACCUGACCUAAACAAACCCUGAGCAUCACGGUUAUACUGUUCCCCCAUUUCAAAGCAAUUGUUAGUCAUCAAGUUCCCCCUUCAGGAACAAAUUUUUUCAUUCCCAGUUGCUCUGAUGUUGCUUCAGGUUGUGCUGGAAAACUACCAUUUUCCUCAUUUAAAAUAUAUUGAACUAUAACAAAGAGCAGGAACAGGGCAGGGAUAAGGAAAAAUGUCAUUUGACGCUCUGUAACAACAGAAGAAGAUAGGGUAAGUCAGAGGGAUUCGUUUAUUCCCCAUCACCAUCCCAAUCCCCCUGUUGUUCAAUUGGUUAGGUCAAUAUUUUUUUCUAAAGGCCUGGGAAGAGUAUUCCCUAGUAAAUGACUUGGAACUAAGCAAAAUACCCAUGCAUUGGGCUCCCAAAGCAGUUGUGGCCCAGGCCCUGCAGGGGGUCGCUCCUGAAGAUAUCUCCUUCCUAAUCAGGUGCAUGUUGCCUAUUAUUUGGGAAAUGCAAUCCCUAUCUAGGUAGAGAUGGGAAAAAUGGAAGUGACAUUUCUCUUCAGCUCACCCCUGGGAGAUGCUGCAAAUAUGUAGAAAAUGAAAUCCGUGUUGAAUGUGAUAUAGCUGCA